AUGUUCAAAGUGGGACUAUCUAGAUUCUCUGCUGGUUCCAUACUAAGAAACCAAGCUAGGUUAUCCGCUAGGUCGCAGCUGUGGAGGUUACAAGCAGGUGUGCCUACAUUUGCCUCAUCCAUACGUUACAACUCAUCAAGCAGUAGCGGCAGUACGGCACACGAGAUCAAGGAUAAACUAGUCUCCUUUGUUGACGAAAACAAUGUUGCAGAAACAGUAACAAAUUUGCACUCCGAUCAAAUUGGCUAUUUGGAAUCGAUUGGUUUAGCUCAAGGAUGGGGUCCAACCAGCAUCAUUGAAAAGCUUUUAGAGUUUACUCAUGUAUACACGGGAUUACCAUGGUGGGGAACGAUUACGGUGCUCACCGUAGUUAUUAGAGUUGUAUUAUUCCCCCUUUACGUUAAAGCUAGUUCUAAUGCCACUAGGAUGUCGGAAAUCAAACCGCAGUUGGACAACGUUAUGAAACAGAUCAAAGGUGGUGACGUACAAGAACAAAUGAAGGGGAUGGAGAAAAGACGGAAAUUGAUGAAGGACCAUAAUGUCUCAACAUUGGCUUCAUUGGCACCAGUGGUUCAAUUACCAUUAGCGUAUGGAUUUUUCCAAGCCCUUCGAAAAAUGGCUAACCAUCCAGUCGAGGGUUUCACUGAUCAAGGUCUUGCUUGGUUUACCAAUUUAAGCGAUGUUGAUCCAUAUUUAGGGUUGCAAGCUAUCGCAGCAGCAACUAUUAUCGCUGUGGUGAGAAUUGGAGGUGAAACAGGCCAACAUGCGAUGGCGCAAAGUAUGAAACAAGUGAUGACCGUCGUGCCAAUAAUUUCCAUCUUUAUCACCAAGAAUUUCUCAGCUGCUGUUGUUUUAUAUUUUGCCAUCAAUUCAUUCCUCUCAUUGAUUCAAAGUUCCAUCUUUAAAAGUAACACCUUGCGUCAAAUGUUGGGUAUGCCUAAGAAAUUGACUACUCAUGAAUUGAAUGAAAGUACACAAGGACUGACCAAGUCGUUGAAGGAAAUGGUUACUAAUUUUGUUGAUGAGUCGAAGGAGAGGAGUAUCAAAGCGGCCAGAGACGCAAAUAAGAGAUUGGAAGUGACUCAGCAAAGGAAAAACAGUAAUGUUGAGGGAUAUAUUAAAAAGAGGGAGAGAAAGUAA